AUGGCCGGUCCCUAUACCUCGGAUACAUCAUCACCAAAACCCAGCAACGACACAUCGCAACACCAUGGCUACCACCAGCAAGACCCGGCUUCCCCAGCCCUGGAUAUGCGCUUCCCUAUCCAUCAUGUCGACGCGACCUGUCAUGAUGUCAAGACGGGUAGCAAUCGCCAGUCUCGCGGGGGGAUUACUCAAGUGCUUACAAAUGCCUACCACGACAUACUACGUUCAUGGAUGGGCCUCCACCGCGCGUUCCGCGAGCCCGCCCCCGCGCGACACCGCAUGCCACCGUCUUCACACUACGAUACCUUUUCGAGUAACGCUCGCUGUCGCCACGGAGAACAUGCCGACGACACAGAGGCUGCCGCCUUUGCCGCCGCCGUCGGCGACAUGAUCCUGGAACCCUACGUCAAUGGCCUGCUCAUCUGUGUGCCCAUGGGCGUCGCCGCGUACUGCGCCGCCGCUCCGUCCGUCGUCGUCUUUGCCGUCAACGCGCUCGCCAUUGUGCCGCUGUCGGCGCUUCUCACGGAUGCUACUGAGCGGAUCGCUCUUGAGGCGGGUGAUGCGGUUGGCGCGUUUCUUAACAUCAGCUUGGGCAACAUUGUGGAGAUGAUUCUCUUUUUUACCCUCAGUAAUGGCCACGUGAAAAUCGUGCAGGCCUCCAUCCUUGGGUCCAUCCUUGUCAACCUCCUACCUAUCCUCGGUAGCGCCCUCAUCGCCGCUGAGGCCACCAGCGGAGAUGACUCCCUCGACAGCACCGAGACGCAGAUGCUGGCCUGUCUGCUCUUCGUCUCCGUCUUUGUCUUUAUGAUCCCCACGGCCUUUCGCUUUACCUUUACCAACGCCCAUCACAUCAACGACAUGGUUGUCAACAUGAGUCGCGCCUCCGCCGUUCUUAUUCUCGUCAUGUACACGGCCUACUUUCUCCAUACCAUGCAGAGCAGCCACCAUGCUCCACCUGAUGAGGAAGAUGUCGCUGAGCAGCCCAUCGCCGUGACGCCCCCGCCGCUGCUGCGUCGCACGUCUCCCCCCCUGCCGGCGCGGACUUUACGAUUUACCGACGACACAAAGACGAAGCCCACCUCGGACCUGUACGCCCGUCGCAUGUUUAGCAUUGGUCCGGCGAGUGUCGACUCGGACUGGGACACGGACAACGAUGAGCCGCCACGCGGACGCUCCCUCACCGGCAUCCGUGGUCCUCACAGCGCUUGCACCGUCGCCUCACCGCUUCUGCUCCCGCCGCACAUGCGCCGGUACCAGUCCCGGUCCCUGUCGGCCGGAUCCAGCCGCAGCCGCGCCUCGUUAGGCCUGAGCUUUCAGCCACCGCAUCGCCCAUUUGCGCGCGCCGGCCUUGCACGGAUCCUCAGCAACGACCAGAGCGCCGAGGGGCACACAGACGGGGGCCGUUGCCGGCUCGGCACCGUCCUUGCAUGCACCACCAUCCUCGUCGUCGCGUCCAUCCUGCUCGCCGUCUCGGCACGGCUGCUCGCAGGCACGCUCGACGCCGUGACGCGCCGACGAGGCCUGUCGGAGGCUGCCAUAGGGCUCGUUCUGCUGCCGCUCGCUGGCAACUUGUCAAGCUACCUGACGGUGACGGCCGUCGCGGCACGCGACAACCUCGACCUGGCAGUGGCCGUGUCGGCCGGGUCAGCAAUCCAGGUCGCGCUAUGCAUGGCGCCGCUGACGGUGCUAGCGGGUUGGGCGCUGGAGAGGCCCGUCGUGCUGGCGCUCGACGUCUUUGAGAUGGCCAUGCUGCUGGGUGCCGUGUCUCUGGUUAACCUGCUGGUGCUGGGCGCUGGCCGAGGUGGGGACAGGCGAAGAGCGACGGGGCACAAGGGUGGGAUAUUGUGCGCCUGCUUUGUCGUCAUGGGGAUUGCCACGUUUUUUGCCCCAAAUGAAAGUUGGGGUACAUGA